AUGGGGAGUCCUGUGUUCUUGGCAUUGGGAGUCAUUGUGCUGCUGUUUGGUUGGGAUGCAGCUGCACAGACUUCGAAUUCAAGCUGUCCUUUGAAAUUCACAGGUGAGACCAAAACUUUCCAAUACUGUAGCAAGCUAACUAUAUUAGGACCUAUUCUCUCAUAUAACUACCAUGUAGAGAAUGGAUCGUUAGACAUAGCUUUCCAGGUCAAACCUUCUGCUUCUGGGGGCUGGGUAGGUUGGGGGAUAAACCCACAAGGGCUUCAAAUGAUUGGCACACAGACUUUGAUUGCCUUUCGAUUAGCUAAUGGAACAACUGUAGUUGACACGUAUGAUGUGGUCUCUAAGUCUAAUGCUUUGAAUCCUUCAAAGAUUAGCCUCAAUGUGACCAACAAGAGUGCUAUGUAUGAGAGUAGCAGUGGUAAGAUAACAAUAUUUGCGUCCUUGGUACUUAAUUCCAGCCAAACCAGUGUUAAUCUGGUGUGGCAGGUGGGCAGCUUAGUCAGUAACUUUAGUCCUGGCGUCCAUAGUUUUGCUCAGACCAAUCUUAAGAGUUUCGGGACACUGAAUCUCCAAAGUGGAGCCACCUCUGCUCCCCCUGCUGAAUUGCCUACACCGGCUGUCAUCUCUGCUCCCACUAUUGAAUCGCCUACACCGGCUGGCAGUUAUUUGUUUACAUGCCUCGUCUAUGCUUACACAUUUUGCACACGUCUACCAGGCGGCGAGAUAGACGAAAAUGCUUUCCAUCCGCUUGGUUUUAUCCCAUCAAGUGUUUUCGGCAUCCAGCGAACUCUCAGGCGGAAAAUGUGUUUGAAUUCAAACGUUAGCAGUGAACGGGAAGGAACGGGAUUCGGUACUGGAAGAAAGGCUUCUCAGAAUAUCAGCGGCAUGGGUUUAGUGAUUGCAGGGGUUACUAUGUUAGGUGUCUUUCUUGCUCUAGUGUAUUGUAUUCAUGGGAGCCUUGGUGACAAUUCCUCUGGAAAUGAAGCUUCCACAGCAUCUGGAAAUAGAGGCACUGGGAGCUACGCCUCAUUUGCACCUUCCAGUUUGUGUAGGCAUUUCACAUUUGCUGAGAUCCAGGAGGCUACUAAUAACUUUGACGAGUCUCUAAUCCUUGGUGUUGGAGGUUUUGGCAAAGUUUACGAAGGUGAGGUUGAUGGUACCAAAGUUGCAGUUAAGCGGGGGAACCCAUUAGCACAACAAGGCAUCCGUGAAUUUCAAACAGAAAUAGAAAUUCUUUCUAAACUUAGGCACCGACAUUUGGUUUCACUUAUUGGGUAUUGUGAAGAAAACUAUGAGAUGAUUUUGGUUUAUGAUUACAUGGCCAAGGGACCCCUAAGAGGACACAUAUAUGGAAAUAGUAAUUUGACUCCUUUAUCUUGGAAACAACGACUAGAGAUCUGUAUUGGAGCUGCUAGAGGUCUUCAUUAUCUUCAUACUGGCGCUGCUCAGUCAAUUAUACAUCGAGACGUAAAGACUACAAACAUACUUCUUGAUGAGAACUUGGUUGCAAAAGUUUCAGAUUUUGGAUUAUCAAAAAAUGGACCAGCUCCUGACCAUACCCACGUUACCACUUUAGUUAAAGGCAGCUUUGGAUAUUUGGACCCAGAAUACUUUCGCAAGAAGCACCUCACUGUGAAAUCAGAUGUUUACUCAUUUGGUGUUGUGUUGUUUGAGAUAUUGUGCGCACGACCUGCCACUAACCCUUCAGAUGAAGAAGAAGGCCUAGCCGAAUGGGCUUUGGAUUAUCAGAGAAAGGGAAUGCUGGAGCAAAUCAUAGAUCCUCAUCUGAAAGGUAUAAUUAAUCAUGAGUCCCUUAAGACAUACGGAGAGGUUGCUGAGAAAUGCCUUGCUGAGCAACGUGUUGACAGGCCAGCUAUGGGAGAUGUACUUGAGAAUUUAGAAUUUGCUUUGCAGCUGCAAAAGACUGCAAUGGAGAAUAAAUUGGUCGAUGACAGUAAUUACAGUCACAUAAACAACUCAGCUACUUAUGCUGUUGGAGAUAACAGCACCCCAGCAAGCACAGCGGGCCAUAGUUUGGCUAGUGUUAAUUUGGGUGGUACAUCUCUAAGAGCUCUUUUUUCAAAUGAUAUCAGGGAAUUGAAGUUUUUAGAUCCUUGA